AUGACACGGUCAUCUGAUAAAAGAUGGAUGCGGUGGAUACGGAUGGGUCCGUACCGUGGCUACCUUCGACGACCCAAAAUACGGCCUACCGAUUUGACAUCAACCGUACCAUACCGUCGGCAACAAUUUUGGUACGGUCUACAGCCGUAUUGUUACAGCCGUAUCCAUAACCGUAUGGUGCACAUCCCUAGUCGUCAUCCAGCUGUGUAUUAUGCGUAUCGCGGGAGGAAGCAAAAACAAGUCCCCGUAUCGUCUAUCGUACGCCCGACGCCAAUAGGGAAAGUCAACGGUCAAUCGAGUACGUUGAGGGGUCAAAUUCAACAAGAGCAAGAGAUCAUUGCAAAGGGAAUGUCGGAGAAGGCUCGGACUAGUGAAAAUGCAACGCAACCAGAAUAUGAGCGCAUGUAUGGCAAGCAGGACUCCCUCUGGCUCAUGGCUCCAUAUAGCCAAGCGGGUUAA